ACAAUUUCUCUAUGACCAAUGCUUGAUUUGUAACAACAAAAACCUAAAAUUUGUCUUGAAAAUACCUAAAUAUCGAAUUUAAUUUGUAUUUACUUCCUUAUUAUUUCGUUGAUUCACCCGUAAUGUGUAAGAUAGCUUUCAUAGACGCGUUACAACAAUACAGUUACAAUGUCGGAACAUACUAAUGUCGAUAAAAACAACCUGUGUGUUACUGAAGAUGUAUUCGAAAAAUUUCAAGCAGAGUCCAUGUAUGAAGAAGAACUAAUUACUCUUUCAGACCUCUUGACUUCAAAUGAUACAACAACAUCUGUUGUGCCAGAUGAUGCCAAGGAUCUUUUAACCGAUGAAAAUGUUGUAUUGGAUGGUAUAAGCAAUGUUAUAGAUAAUUCUGAAACUGUACAGCAUUCCGAAAUAUCGACUGGACCCGGUGAAGUUAUCGGUCACCAAGCCCAACUGUUGAUUGAAACCUCUGACUUAAAUGUGUCUGAAAAUAUUAUAGUUCAAACUAAAGUUGAGGAAGAAAAACAACGUAGAAAAAGAGGUAAGAAAAAGAAAACUAUUCAAGAAAAAUCAUUUGACAAGGCACUCACACAACAACCGGAACAAUUACAAUCUAUAACAAGAGGUCGAAGGAAGAAAAUAGCUGAUGACAUGAUGAACAGUCUCAGCUUAGAAGAGCAGAUGGAAUUAAUUCAUAGUGAUGUUCCCAAGAUUUCAAAUAAUGUAGAAAUUCAUUCAGAAUCUGGAUUAGAAGAAAAUACUCCUCAACCUUCUAAAAGUAGAGGUAGGAGAUUAGUCCAAAAAUCUAAAAUUGAAACUAGUAUCUUUGAUAAUGGUAUGGUCAGUGAACAAUUAAAAACUAUCAACCAAAAUGGUCAAUCUGUAGGUGUACCAACUACACGAAGAGGUAGAAAAAGGAAAACGCUGCAAAACAAUGAUAAUAAUGAUGUUAGUCUUCAAAAUAGUAAAUUGGAUAUAGACCUCCAAAAUGAGGAAAUUGAUGUCAGUGAAGAUUUGCCAAUAUCACAAAUUAAAAAUGGAAACUCAAAUACAGGUGAAGAUGUCAAUCUAAGCAUAGAUGCACAGUCCACAAAUUUAACAAAAGGUAGGCCACGUAGAAAUAUAAAGAAAACAUUAAUAGCUGAACCAGACACCAUCAAAAAUAAAGUAACAUCUGGCAAGAAAAAAGGUAGGCCUAAAAAACAAUCUCAACAGUCACAUGAUACAGAUCUUUCAGAAAUUCAAAAUGACAUCAACUCUUCUACACACAGUAGAUGUAGUAAGGUUGAGGAGCCUUCUAGCACAGUUGACAAAAUAGAUCCAAAUCUCGAAGUAGCUCUAGCAAGUAAAACUGAAGAAAUUGAUAAUGAUGAGGCAGAUGAAAUGUCUUUAAGUAAUUUUAAAGAAGCUAUUUUGUCUAAAGACAGCAAUGUCCCUUCAAGUUCAAAGGAAGAAGCCAUAACCAGCACAAUAGAACUGGAACUAGAGGACACUAAAAGUAAGACAAAUGAAACUCAAAAUAAAAUAGAUUCUACAGCACCAGAAUUAGUAGAUUUUGAAUAUAAUCUUGAUAAUAUUGCCAAUGAAUGUGUGAAUAAAAAAAAAGAAAAUCUAAAUGCUGAAACAAAUAUGAUGUAUGCUAAUGAGUCUUUACUGAUUGAAGAUACUAGUAAAAGACCGAAAAGAAGGAAAAUGAAACAAAAUUUUCGUUAUCAAGAGGAUUCUGAUGAAGAUCCAUUUGCCAAUAUUGAACUUUCAGAUGAUGAGCCGAAACGUGGUAAGAGAGGAGCCAGAUAUUAUUCAGACGAUGAAUACAUUCCAGGUAAAAUUACCCGAGGUAAGAAUGCUGCUGAUAGCUCCCUAAGUUCUGAUAUGGACAUAGAAGAUUUUGAACUUGAAGGCUUAAGGAAACAAAAAAGAAAACGUUUUUCUAAAAAAAAUGAAUCACCCAAAAAGAAAGGCAAGAAAAGUGAAACAGAUUGUAUAUUAGAUGUCACUACUGUUCCUCCAGCAUCACUAAAUAAUAGUGAUGAUAUAGAGGUCUGUCUGGAAUCAUCUGUCAUAAAAAAUCCUCAAGUUGAUGAAUCUUCUACCUGGGGAAAAACAAAGGCAUUUGAGAAUUUUAUUGCUCAAAAAAUACAGGGUACCGAAUUGAAAAUAAAGAAGGUAUCGUCAACUGCAUCCACAACAACAAUUGCUCCACUUGAUAUUCCAACGCUUGAUCCGACUGUUAAAAAAUUGAUAGAGAAAUCCACUCAAACAGUUAGGACCAAAGUGAAUGCACAAGGUAUGCAAACCUCACCACCAUAUGAUGUUCCUAUGAAGGAAAAUGUUACUCUUACGAAAGAGCAGUCCGAAAAAGCAUGUGAAUUCCUUAAUAGUAUUGUUAAAACUACUUCUGAGUUAGGAGUAUUGAUGACACAGAAAUCUGAAGAUUUCAUGAAAAAGAAAAUACAUACGGACCAUGUGACAGACACUUUUAAAAUGGAUUACUGUGUAAGAAAGUCAUUCUUGCUAUUUAAAUUAGCCAAACAUAAUUUGAUGCAAAUGGAAGAAGACUUGGCUAACCAGUAUGAAGAAUUUCUAAAAGCAAAUGACUUAAGUGAAUAUAGGGAACAAAUAAAAACAAUGGCUUCAACAUCAGCACAGAAAGCAGAUGAUAAUGAUAGUGAUUGUGAAAUUGUGGCUGUGGAGUCUGUGUCUGGGUCAACAGCAGUAAAGAAAAGUGAAAAGCCUAAAGUUAAUCCAAAGACUGUGUUCUUAAAUAAAGAACUCUCAAUAAAAAUAACAAAAAAGCCUGGAGAAGACAAGAAAAAUAAUGAUGACAAAAAACUCAAUAUCAAAGGGCGGCACACAGUAUGGAUUAAUGAUUCUGUGAUUUUAAAAAAAGUUAAGCCUAUGCAGUCUUUUUUAGCCCAGGACAGCCGAAAUAAAAAACCUCCUGAUUAUAACAUCAUUGAAAAUAUUGUGAAUAUUUUUUUUAGGGAAUAUGAUAGACAGCGAGCCAUGUCUGUUUGUGCUCCCUUUAUUUCGUCUGAAUGGGUGACUGCCAGGAGGGAAUAUGCAUGCAAUUAUUAUGUAGCCAGUCCUGAGAUUCCUACAGGUAGUGAGCAUUUUGUAAACAACACAAAUAGAGAAAGUAUUGCUGAUGUUAAUAAAACAAAUUGUAACUCAAUAGUUUCAUCACCAAAGUCAUUAUUUUCACUCUGUACUUUAUGUAUACAAAGGCAAUCAUAUAUCAAGAAAAAUACAGGGAAAUAUAUACAAGCAAAGGAGCAGCCCAGUUCAUUAUUUGAGAUAUGUUUGCAUGUUUUGAAUAAAGACAAGAAAAAAGUCCUUAAUAAGACUGUCAACAUUACAGAUGCAUUAUCCUUAAAGACUAUAUCCUUCAAUAAAGUUAUGGAAACAUUGAGAGUGACUACAAAACUGAAUGACAUCUCUCAAUUCAUACCUGAAAAGAAAAAGGUUACUCAAGAAAAUAACCAUAUAAUACCAAAGAUAAAAAAUUUAAAAGUAAAUGGUGCAAGUAAAAUAGAAAGAAAUCAUCCUAAAAACGAAGUGAAAACAUUGUUUGCACUGUGCGUGAAACUUAUUCAAAAUAAGCAGAAAAUAAGUUAUCAUAAUGAUCAUUUUAUUAAUGAAGAAUAUAUUCAACAUAAUAAAGAAUCAAUUUUAUUAGAUGACGCUACAGAUAAAAAUGAGCAAACCUAUCACAACACUAAACUGAUAAAUUGUGUGCCACAAUCUUUAAAAUAUAUUACAUAUGAUAAUAUUGUACGCUUAAUGUAUGAUUUUAAGCCUAAAGAAUUACCUCUUGUCUUUGAUGGCUCUUUUGAAGUAGUUAAAACAUUGGGGAAGAUUUGUCUGGAUAUCAUCAAAACAAACAUGUAUGAUUUGAAUGUUACAAGAUCCAAUAUGACGAUUAAUUCAGUAAAUACAUUGUCUGAAGAAGCCUUCUUCAAUAUUGAAGAUACAUGCACAGUUCAAGGUGAUCAAUAUCAAUAUGAUGAAGACGACGAUAAUAACUGUUAUGAAGAUGACUUUGAACCUCAAUAUGAAUUUGAGGACGAUGCAAAUGACGUUCUCCAUCAAGAUAACAAUUGGGUAAAACAAGUUGAAAUGAAGGAAUUUAAAUCUUGUCUUGUUUCAAAUAUGUCUAGUAAAACAAAUGACAGUGUUACUGAUGACGCAGUACAAGCUUCUGACGAUAAUACACCAUCUGGAAUACCUUACAUGGUGAAUAUCAAAUGUGAACCUCCAGAAGAAGAAUUAACGGAGAAUAUUGUUGACCCGGCUAUUGUUAAAACAGAACCUACAUAUACAACUAAUGAGAUGACAAUAUCAUUUGAACAUGUAACUACAAAAACUGAACCAGAUAAUUCAAAUGCUUCAAGAAGCUAUGACGGUGACGCUUUUGAAGAUUUUGUUUCUUCAAAUAAAAUGAUAUACUGCUCUUUAGAUAAUACUGAUAGUGGAGAAAAGUUUAGCCAAAGUGCUUUGAGAAUUCGACGUCAAUUUGACCCUGAUUGGGAUGGUAAGAAUGAUGCUGGUAUGAGCUUAUUAAUCCCACAUACGUAUGAACCAUUGCAAAUAACUGAAGCAAAAGAUACCCUAAUGCAAAGCAGCUCUGACGAAAGUAAUAAAGAUAAUUCUUCGAAAAAGAAAAUUGAUAAAAGAAGAAAAAAGACGAAGAAAAUAGAAACUAAGACUAAUAACAAAGAUAUCAGUAAUACUUCAAAGAAUAGAUUGGUAGCAAGUAAUGAAAAUGAAGCAAAGAAAGAUGUGCAUAGUACUUCAAAAAAUAAAGCAUUGUUAAAUAACGAAGUUGCCAUCCUGACCCGAAGAAUGCGAGAAAAGAUAAGACAGGAAGAAAAAAAGGUGCAAUCAUCUGAUUCAGAAAACGAGACUAUAGAAACUAGGUCCAAAUGUGAAAAGAAAAAAGGCAAAGUGGAAGAAGUACCUGAUACUAGUCAAAAACCUAAUAAAAAAAAAUAUGACGGGACUGAUAUUCAAUGUAACAAUGUAGAUUCAACAGAACGACUUGACCUGAGUCCAAGAAAACAGAGGGAGUCUGUUCCAGAUGAAAUAUUCACUGGUUUUAGUGCUGUGGAUCAAAGUGAAAUAUCUACAUACCAGAAAUAUUUAAAAGACGUCUAUGAUAAAAUACUACCUAAAAUUGAUGGAAAUAACAAAAAUAGUUCCAAAUAUUCUGAACCUACAAGCAAUGAACCAUUUAUGAAUCCCGAUGAGCCAGUAGAAUUAUUAGAAUGUGAGCCGACAUUACCUAUGUUUGAAAAAGAAACUCGCAAGCGAUCUACAAGAAAAAAAGGUAAAGUAAUUCCAACUGAAGAAAUGUCAGAUAAGAUCAUUUCAGAUAAGAAUAUUUCAGAAAUUCAAACACACAAAGAAAACACUAUUGGAGAUGCUCCAAUAACUGAUUCACCAGCAAUUGUGGACCGACAUGGAUGGCUGUGUUAUCCUAUUGAUGUCAAUGAUAGAAAAUUGUAUGAUAACUGUCAAAUAUUGUUAGAUAAAUUGCCAGAGACAUUUGUAGAAAUGUAUUUUCAAUACCAAAGUAUUACAAACAGAAAUAAAGAGGAUGACGAAGUUGAUAGGUUAACUAAUUUGCAGUCAUUGAAAAGAAGUUCAACUGUGAAAGAAUUGAAAACCAAAAGUAAAGGGAAAGAAAAUAAGAGGGAGUUAGCUGAAGGGACUUCUAAGGCAGAUAACAAUUUGGAUGACUCGCGUCCAGCGAGCCCAGGGUCAGACCAUUAUAAUGAACUGACGCCUUCGGAAGAUGAAGGAGGUGACGAAGAUAAUGAGCCACUGGCAACAAUGGCGAAACCGACGUCCGAAAACAACAUGGCUAAAAGUUCUCUCAUGGACGACAAUGACAGUGAUACGGAUACUGCCAUAGCUGAAGGGAAAGGCAAGACUGAAGGGAAACUUAACAAAAUCAAGCAGGAGCCUACUGAUGAUGGUGCGAAGCCAACUUCUGUUAAGAAACCAGGUCCGAAAUCGAAGACGAAGUUAUUAGAUCUGAAGACAGAGCAUCCAGACCUGAUGUUGACGGCAGAUAAGAUGAUGAAUAAGGAAUUGACGCUACUCCACGCGCCGAUCAACCUCGACGACAAGGUGCCAGAAAUUCCAUUGAAAAAGCCCUCUACUAGGAGCAAAGCGAAGAACUCAUCAAAGAAAGAGAUCCACUACCGCAUCAAGAAUGAAGAUGAUUCGUCAUCAGAAGAAGAGAAGCAUUGGGUCACCACGAAAGAGAAACUCCUCAAAAGGCUGGAGAAGAAGCAGGAGACCACAUUAGCGGACGAAGCUAAACGCACGAAGAUAGUGAGCGAGUACAUAGAGCGACGCGGCGAGAACUUGGAACCGCGGCUGACGCAACGUCGGCGUGGGCGCAGGUCCAACAAGCGGCUGCUGGAGAGGCAGAAACAGCUGAGGGUGUUAACGAAGGAACUGCUGGGCGACGCCGCAGAUAGCGCGCAUCACACGAAGCGAUACAACCAAGCCUAUUUCAAAGGCCGCCGAAAUAUCAGAAAGGUUAUUGACAAAAAGUCCCUGGCAAGGAGUACUGUGAUGGCGAACAUGGAAGAGUUUGAGAGGAAGCGAAAGUUGACCAUGAAACAAGCGAAACUGCGGGAGAUGUUAGGCUGCGAGGAAGGCGUGAAUGUCUUGGUGAUAAAUGACGAGCUGUGCUUGGAGUACGACUUCGAGCUACAGCAGCCCGUGGUCGCCGUGCACCCCUUCUUUACCAAGAUCAUGAAGGCGCAUCAGUACGAAGGCGUGAAAUUCAUGUGGGACGCGUGUUUCGAGAGCCUGUCGCAGCUAGCGGCGGGGCACCCCGGCGGCGGCUGCAUACUGGCGCACUGCAUGGGGCUCGGCAAGACGCUGCAAGUGCUCGCGCUGCUGCACACGGUACUGACCCACCCUGGUGUGGGCAUGCAGCGGGUGUUGGUGUGCUGUCCGUUGUCCACGGUGCUCAACUGGGUGGACGAGAUACACAAGUGGAUCGGGCCCGUCACCGACCAGAUCAAGCAAAAGAAAAAGAAAAGGACACUUCAGGUUUUCGAACUGUCAAAAUUGAAGAAGACUUACGAGCGCGCGUACCAACUAGAAGACUGGUACAGCGGCGGCGGCAUCUUCAUCAUCGGCUACGAGCUGUUCCGCAGCCUCACCACGCUGGACGCCUACCUGGACGACGUGAGGCCCACUAUUGUGAAGAAGAUCCGCACCGCGCUGCUGGAUCCUGGACCGGAUAUCAUUAUCUGCGAUGAAGGCCAUCUUUUAAAGAACGACUGCUCCGUGCUAGCAGUGGCCAUGAGUCGCGUGGUGACCAAACGUAGGAUAGUGCUGACCGGUACGCCCAUGCAGAAUAACCUCAGGGAAUAUUACUGCAUGGUAAACUUCGUCAAGCCGAACCUACUGGGGACUUAUGCCGAGUAUUCUAACAGAUUCGAAAACCCGAUUAUGAACGGCCAGCAUCGCGACUCGAGCGAGGAAGACAUAAAGUUAAUGAAAGCGAGAACGCACAUUCUACACAAAGUUCUAGAAGGUUGCCUACAACGGCAAGAGGCUUCAGUCCUUUACCCAUACCUGCCUAAGAAACACGAAUACACCGUGUUCAUUUCCCUCACGAAAUGCCAAUGGGACAUGUACAAGUAUUACCUGAUGCAUUACGCGAACAAAGCGAAGCAUGGAGUGCUGAAGGAUUUCCACGUGCUACAGAAGGUGUGGUCGCACCCGCAGGUGCUGCACCACUUUCAGACUAAGGCUAGAGACGUCAAUGUCAAUAAGGUCAAAGCUGAGAAGCUAGAAGACGACCUGGCAGAAGAAGACACGGCGCCGGAAGCGGAUAUUAAGCCGAACAACACCGACAUCUGGUGGCUGCAGUUCCUAGAGGGCGGCGCCAUGUUGGACAGCCUCGAGUCUUCCAACAAGUUCGUGGUGGUCUUCAGGAUAUUGGACGAGUGUGUCAAACUGGGGGACAAAGUAUUAAUAUUCUCAACUUCCCUGUUCACAAUGGAUGCGCUGGAGUUCUUCCUGCGCAAGAUCAACAAGUGGUCGCUGGGACAGGAUUACUACCGAUUAGACGGCUCUGUACCGGCGGAGGUCAGACAGAAGUGGUGCCGCGAGUUCAACGCCGAGAACAACCACAAAACUAAAGUGUUCCUGAUCUCGACGCGCGCGGGGUCGCUGGGGCUCAACAUGACGGCCGCCAACCGCGUCAUCAUCCUCGACACCUCCUGGAACCCCGCGCACGACAUCCAGAGCAUAUUCCGCGUCUACCGCUUCGGCCAGAAGAAGGACUGCUAUAUCUACAGGCUGGUCGCUCUGGGCACAAUGGAGCAGAAGAUAUACGAGCGUUCAGUGACGAAGCAAGCGGUGGCGUGCCGCGUGGUCGACGAGCAGCAGAUAGACCGGCAUUACAACAUGCAAGAGCUCACUGAACUUUACAGAUUCGACGAGUCCGGGUCCGGCGUAGAGUGCGGCGUAGCGGCGGGCGUGCGCGACGUAGCGCUGCUACGAGUGGCGCGGCUACGAGCGCUGCACGCCGUGCACGAGCACGACUCCUUGCUGCGAGGAUCCGAGCCCGCGCUGCCUGAGCACGAGCGCCAGGCUGCUUGGUCGCAGUUCCAACAGGAACAUGAAAACGGACAACUUGAAAAAGCUAACGAGAAGAAAGUAAAAAAGAUAGCGGUGAAACGCACGUACAACAAAGCGGCGCCGGCGCCCACCGUAGAAGCCGAUCCGGGAGCGGAGGAUUCAACGGACUUCAAGCCUAAGGAGCCGAAGGCCAAGCGAGGCCGACCAAAGGCUCAUGUACAGCCCGAGAGCGAAUCUAUAUUACCCGAUCCUGAUACUGACAGGAUAAAUACUUUAGAUCCGAACACGGAACAAUCCAUGGUCCGCAAAAUAACACAAUUGCUGGUGAAACACAAGUUCACACACCGCGACGCGCAAACAGCGUUGCCGCAACUGGUGACGAACGUGAGGCGGGUAGUGAUGACGGGGCAGGACUUACAAUGUGACCCGCUCACUGCCAGCAUCGCUAAGGUGCUCAUGCAGAAACAGGACAACAUGACAAUGCCUCUCGUCAACGGAAUCAUCGGUGAGUCGCUCAACCAAACCGUGCCCGAAAACGAACGACUACCCACCACAGACUUACCAGCCGACCUGCUACUACCUCAAGCGUCCAAACCGGGCCGCCCUAAGAACAAACCAGGCCCCAAAUGCAGAAAGGGCUACGUCUACGAAGAAGUUCCCUCCACCUCAACAGCCCAAGAAAAUUUACCACUAUUCGAUCGCCUAUUACUGCCUGAUAACGAUGGCCGGACUAAGAGAAAAGCAGCAAUCGCAGCUGAGAAACUGCUAGAUACAGCCCUCGAAGAUGGCGUCAUUGACCUCGACAACGAUGAUGACUACGACAGCGCCACGGACUCCGCGCCUGAGAAAACAAAUGAAAUAUCAACAGAAAUCUCCAAAACAUCUACAGAUGUCUCCAAACCGGGACCUCCUGUCACUGCAGGUGUUACGAAGCCAGACGUCCCUACCAAUACAACAACAACGGAGGUUAAAACAUAUAAAAACAAAAAAGCAGCGGUCGAAGAAUUGGAAGUUUUAGAAGAUGUAAUGGACACGAGUAUUCUCCUAAGCGAUGAAGAAGAAAUAAUACUAAGUAAAACCGCUAAAGAAUUGGAACCGGAAACUGAAAUUUCAGUUCAUCCUUCAUUGUUGAAGAAUAGUAAUUUUAUAAAGAUUGUGGCGCAUACGUAUUUGGCAGGGAAUCCUAUGUUGGACGAGGACGCGGCUAUGUUAGCAGCGAGGUACAGCACGUACAAGGCGGUCAAGGAAUUGGAGUCAACAGGGAAGCCUAUCACCAGUGGACCGAUUUACGAUAUAGCUGUACAGGUACUCGGCAAAACUAUACUCAAGAAACUGCACAGCACAAACCACAAAGUUAACAUCUCGGACGAUAUGCAAUCUUCCUUACUACUAGACUUACUGGGAAACAUAGACAAGAACACUCCCAAAACCACGGAACACACUGUUAAAGGCUCUGAGAAAUCUAGCAAAAAUGUCAAGGCCCCAGAGCCCAGAAAACCUUUAGUAAAAGAAAAAAAACCGAAGCCCAAACGUUAUCGGAAGAUAUACUUAUCAUCAGAUGAAGAUACAUCAAUAUUAUCCCAUGAUGCGCCGGCACCCGCGGAACCGCAGACAAAAAAUUCCCAAGCCCAGCCGCCGUAUUUGUCUAGAGUGAUGAACGACAAUGGCGUGUCGAGCUCGCCUGCGCCGGCGCAGGGAGUCGUGCCAGUUGGAUUGUUCAAAACGACAGUGACUCCAGUGACCGCAGGCGAGCAACGGCAAACCAGAGUGGAGCCACUAGCCGAAUGUAUUCUCCCUGAUGACGACAUCCAUCUCGUGCCGGAUGCGGCGCCGGCGUCCGCGCCGCCGCCCCCACUGCCUCCACAGCAGACAACAGGCCCAUCCAUGGUGCCGCUAUCGAAACUCGUCGCCCUGCCGCAGCAACCGACGACCGCGACACAGAAGCAACCGAUCAUACUCAAGAUGGUGCGCACCACAAACACUCAGAUGACGGAACCCUUACAACAAUUACGACCGACGACCAACGAAGCGCAAAAGAUGCCAGUAGUGGUCUCCGCGGGUCCCCCAAAAACAAAAAUGGUGGAUACCACCAUCUGCCUCGACAGCGACGAGGAAGACGGCCACCAUCCCAGCAUCCCACCACUCACACCUAUCCCCGUCAGUCUAGCUCAGACCAACAAACCUGCCUAUGCCACAACGUCAACACUUGGCGGGAUCAACCUUCGACUCUCCAAAGUAGACCCUUCCAAAUUUAUUUUAACCACAAAAAAACCGACAGAAUCCGUCCCGGUGCCCGCUCUCAUUGAGAAUAAGGAUACGCCUGUGCGAUACAUCGUCAUCCCUAAAGCCCAAGUGGCUCAAAUGUACCCGCCACUGAUACCCGUGUCUCAGCAUCAGAUGCCGCCACACCACGUGGUCACCACCAACCCGGAUGGAACAUUCUCAUUGCGGCAGGUGAACACACAAGCGAAUAUGACCAACAAAACCCCUCCAACAAAUCCUACUAUCUUCACUCAUACAUCCGCUGCUUCUAACCCCGUCUCUACUUCAACUACUACCAGAUCUGGUAGAAAGACCCGAAAAGAUGUUACCACAUCUACCCUCGUGGCUACUCCUUCUUUAUCCAUAGACUCUGGCAAGAUUUUGAAUUAUAAUUUUGAAACCAAGGAUAGGCGUAAACAGUCUUUAUUAAAUAAAUCAUCGGCAAAUGCUCCACCGACGCCAGUCAAAUUCAAAAGUAUUGCGGCUAAACCUGAGACCCCGACUAAACCUGUGGCCCCGGUCAACCAUGUGACCCCGGCCAAACCUGUGACUCCGGCAAAACCUGUGACCCCGGCGAAGCCCGUGACCCCGGCCAAACCCGAGACUUCAGCCAAACCCGCUGAACGACAACGCAAAGUCUCCAGUAGCAGCGAGUCCUCGGAAUCCGACACCACUAACGAUCCACUCUCGAUACUGAAAGACGUCGUCCACAUACAAGCAGACUCUUACUUCACCCCGUCCGAAGCGCCUCAAAAUAAAACAAACACUAAAGCUAGCACUUCUACGCCAGCAAAGACUCAAAAGACAAAAGAAAUAACUUCCAAAAAUACCGCGGCACCGACUGCGUCUUCCAAUCAAUCAAAUAAAUCUAGAGUGUUCGUAGAUUCGGUAGAUUUGACAUACUACGAUGAUGAACCUACACCCUCAACUGAAACGCAAACUACUAAUACUACGACUUCGACUAAAGCACAGUCUGUUAAAGCGACAUCUACAACGACUAAAGCGGCAACAUCGCCUAGAUUGCAGGCAACUAAGCCACAGCCGCAAAAGACACUAUCUACAUCGACUAAAACACAAUCACACAAGGUUGUACAGACACCAAUAAGAACUAUGCCAAGUACCAGUAAAUGGCAGCCUACUACUAGUAAAACUCCGGUGACAACUGCAAAUAAAUCUAGCUCGAGUCAGCCUGCUCCUAAGAAGCGUGCUGCCCCCAUAGAAACUGCCACUCCCAAGAAAAAGAAGACCGACCAUCUUAUGACGUUGAAGGACUUCGACAUAGACGAUAUCGACGAUAUAAUCGAACUCGACUAAACAGCCUUACCUCCUAUUGAGCGACAGCCAUAUUUCUGUCUCGUCUUAUUUUUGACAUUAUGGUGAUUCGAUUUUUUUAAUACAUCUCCGUAAAUACUGCUUAGAUCUCCCAAAAGAUGCUUUUUGGUAAGCAUAUUUUUUUCCUUUUGUGAUAAUAAUGACCAUUAUGAUAAAUUGUCAUUUCUACUGUGCGUGUGAAUAGAGUUAUAUAAAUGUUAUAAUUAUAUAUGGAAGGAUAGCAGAGAAUUUUUAGGAAUUAUAUAAUAUCAGUUGUAAUGUGUAAAUUAUUUGGAUGUUUCACUUCAGUAAUUUUGUAAAGCGUGACAAGUGGGAAGCAUGGUGGGGCGAGGUUACAUAGUGGUCGAUACUUGUAAUUUUCUAGUACAAAUGUCCACAUAAAUUUGGCUAACACAUGGCUUAUAUAGCCAAUCUUGUUGGUGAACGUUAUCAUGCAUUGCGUAUUAUUUUAACAGAAAUGGAGCAUUAGAUCGCCUCACUACUCGCCUUGCGGUCAUAGGUUUACAUUUUAAGAAUAUUGAUAAGCGCUUUGAAAUCUCCGCAUUAAGUACAUAGUAUUUUUUUAUGAUUUACAUAUACGUUCCUAAUGAUUUUUUGGAAAAUUAGAAAAUAAUUUCUUUGAGUUACAAGUACGCUCGCAAUAAAGUAUUUGCUUUGUAUUUUAUUUCAAAAAAAUAAGUGUGAUUAUAUAUUUUCAAUGGUUAGAGCAUAGCUAUAUGUCUGUUAAUUUUGUUAAACAACCUAAUAUUACGGUAUGUACGAAUAUUAUUUUAUCUCGAUAACCUAGAAUGUAAGUUUAAAAAUAAAUAAGUCAAAUUUCA